AUGUCAGAUUUCCGUGAUAUAGCUCUUAACGCAAUUAUCACCAUUCACGCUUGUGUUUUACAAAUGCAUAGUGCGGACCGUCGACGCCACAGCGCUAUCGCUUUCGAAAGCGUGAACGUGGGCUCCUUAUUGCUGCUAACUGGCGGAAUUCUUCUUAUAGCCUCCGCAUUGCUCGCGCGCCAAGGCUUCACAGGCCGAGACCAUGUCGUGGGCAUUGAUUUAGGUACAACGUACUCGGUUGUGGCAAUAUUUCAAAAAAACAACGUGACAGCAAUUGCAGACAAUGAAGGCCAUGUAUUAGUGCCAUCCACUGUUGCAUAUCUACCCGAUGGAGGUGUGUUGAUAGGUCGCGAGGCUCGAACACAUCGCACUAUAGACCCGCAACACACAAUCUUUAAUGCCAAGAGGUUUAUUGGCCAAAGUUACGAUGACGUUAUCAAAUCCGAAAAUGGUACAAUGCCAUACGAGUUUAACAUCAAGCCACUGCAACGCAACGAAUAUGACGGUAUAUGCUUUGCGCUCAACUUACCAAAUCACCCCGAGUGUGUGACACCAGUAGAGAUUGGCACUGCCAUUGUGCGACACCUUCACUUCAUGGCGCAUCGAUAUGUCGGUCACAACCAGGUCACAAAAGCGGUGGUUGCAGUGCCGGUGGAUUUUAAUGAGAAACAACGAAAUGCCACAAAAGCCGCAUUUCGAGCGGCAGGAUUGGAAGUCUCUCGUGUGCUAGAAGAACCAACCGCCGCUGCAAUUGCCUAUGGUUUGCAUCAGGAUCAGAAUAUUAAUUUUAUGCUAGUGUUUGACUUUGGAGGCGGCACAUUAGAUGUGUCACUAUUAUUUGCACGUAAUGGCGCCAUUACCGUGGUGGAUACCUUAGGAGACAAUCAUCUCGGUGGUGAAGAUUUAGAUGCGCGACUGUCGGCUUGGCUUCUAAUGAGAUUUGAAUCUCAAUUAAAAAAGAAAAUUUCAACCCACAAUACCAAAACUGAGGGCAAACGCGUCCUCAAGGACCGACCAGAGCCGCCAUGUACCAUGGCUGGCGUCCGUCAAGCUGCCGAGCUGUUAAAAAGGCAAUUGACUAAUCUUUCUGUAGUGACUGCUGCUUGUGUAUGGAAUGAAGGCGAUGAAUCAAUACAAAUUGAAGUUGAUGUCACGCGAUUGCAAUUCGAAGAGUUAUGCAAACCGUUGCUGGAGCGGACAAUGAUUCCUGUGCGUGACAUCUUGGCAGCCAACAAUAUCGGCACAGAGGAAAUUGACGCAGUGGUUUUGGUAGGAGGUUCUUCACGAAUUCCAUGGGUGCGUCAGCGUCUUACUGAAAUGUUCCAUGGUCGCGCACCGCUCUCGAACAUCGAUCCAGAUCUUGCUGUAGCGUAUGGAGCAGCGCGUACACUAGACUAG